UCAAAUUGUCAGAGCAGGCUGAUUUGCAUAACCCAAUGGCUGUGCGUAUGCAAAUGAGGCUGGUGGUGGUUGGCUGGAGGUUGGCAGGAUAACUCGGGCGAGCGGGGCCUUUGUCCUUCAGUGGCUGUGAGGCAGCUGCCCCGUCGGAGUCGCGCCCCGUGGCGAGGCGAGGGGGCCGGGAGCGGGCGAGCGAGUGGGGCGAGAGGGACAGACGGACGGACGGACCGCGCGGUGGCAGCGGGAGCUGGAAGAGCCUGUGAGGGAGUGCAGAGAGCAGGCGCCCAAGCGCCCACCGUGGCAGGAGCAGUCCGCACGCCGCGCUCUGAGGGGGAUUUGCAGUUGCAAUAUGACUUUGGAGGAAUUCUCGGCUGGAGAGCAGAAGACCGAAAGGAUGGAUAAGGUGGGGGAUGCCCUCGAGGAAGUGCUCAGCAAAGCCCUGAGUCAGCGCACCAUCACCGUCGGAGUGUACGAGGCGGCCAAGCUGCUCAACGUCGACCCGGAUAACGUGGUGCUGUGCCUGCUGGCGGCGGAUGAGGACGACGACAGGGAUGUGGCUCUGCAGAUCCACUUCACCCUGAUCCAGGCGUUCUGCUGCGAGAACGACAUCAACAUCCUGCGCGUCAGCAACCCGGGCCGACUGGCUGAGCUCCUGCUCCUGGAGACCGACGCAAGCCCAGCAGCGAGCGAGGGCGCGGAGCAGCCCCCGGACCUGCACUGCGUCCUGGUGACGAAUCCACAUUCAUCGCAGUGGAAGGAUCCUGCCUUAAGUCAACUUAUUUGUUUUUGCCGGGAAAGUCGCUACAUGGAUCAGUGGGUUCCAGUGAUUAAUCUCCCCGAACGGUGAUGGCAUCUGAAUGAAAAUAACUGAACCAAAUUGCACUGAAGUUUUGAAAUACCUUUGUAGUUACUCAAGCAGUUACUCCCCACACUGAUGCAAGGAUUACAGAAACUGAUGUCAAGGGGCUGAGUGAGUUCAACUACAUGUUCCGAGGGCCCGGAGAUAGAUGACUUUGCAGAUGGAAAGAGGUGAAAAUGAAGAAGGAAGCUGUGUUGAAACAAAUACAAGUCAAAAGGAACAAAAAUUACAAAGAACCACGCAGGAAGGAAAACAAACUAUGUAUUAAUUUAGAAUGGUUGAGUUACAUUUAAAUAAACCAAAUGCGCUUUGUUAAAGUUCAAAUGUGCGGCAGUAGUUUGGGUAUUUUUGGUUUAUGUGCCCUCAAAUAAAAGAAAAACAGAAAGGGUUGAUCCUAUUUUAAAACCAUAUUUUAUUGUAUUUUGAUGAGAUGUUAAAUUCUCAAAGUUUUAUUAUAAAUUGUACUAAGUUAUUUUAUGACAUGAGAAGUUAUUUAUGCUAUAAAUUUUUUGAAACACAAUACCUACAAUAAACUGGUAUGGAAUAAUUGCA